UUAUGUUUGUCUGUUUAAUUUAGUGAAAGUGUUUUUUUUUGCUUUGGUGGAGAGUGGUGAGUAGUGACCAAAGCAAACGCACUCACUCUAUUAUUGAAGGGAAGAUGAAAGAUGAAGAUGGCACACCCCAAAGUGCAGGUAAGGGACAGUACAAGUUGUGGGUGUUGGGUGCUAUCAUUCUUCUUGCUCUUUGGUCCAUGUUCACUGCUUCUCUCACUCUCAAAUGGUCAGCUGGGAACCUCAACCGUGACUUCGAUUCUGCCACUCUCAACGAUUUCGAUGUCCUGGAAGUGGAGGAGAGGGAGAAAGUGGUGAGGCGCAUGUGGGAUGUGUAUACUCAAAGCAAGAGUGGCAGGGGAAGUGGCUUACCUCGUUUUUGGAGUGAUGCUUUUCAUGCGGCUUACGACCACUUGGUCAGUGAUGUUCAGAGCGUCCGAGAUGCUGCUGUCUCCGAAAUUGCCAAGAUAUCCCUCCAUUCUCUUCCUCUGCACCACCUCAAAUCACAUUCCAUUGUGCAGAAUAUCAUGGGAUCACGAAAAAUGAAGCAAGCAGAGAGUAUUGUGAACACUACAAUUAGCAGUGAUCAAUAACAAGAUUCCUUACUUUUGCUGUUCAACUUUGGAACCCAUUUAGCAUUGAUGUACACACUUCGCCAGACUGAAAUUGAUCAUUUAAGAGCAGUACACAUCAAAACACUUCCUCGCCCGUCUGAGUAUUACUUUCCAAGUUAAUAAAACUAUUUUGUAUAGGUUUCCACAUUGGGAUAUAUACAGCAAAAUAAUUGUAUAAAUAUUAUGUAUCCCAUCUUGUAUAUUACGUAUUUACGCUAGCAAUGUCAUUGAAUGAAUGUUCCGAAGACAAUUGCUUUCUUGGACAGUUAUCAAAAACUCUGCUAUAACGAAUGGCACGAAGAAAAUGGUCUGUGUAACAUAACCUUUGCCAGGGAAUAAUAGCUGUGCAACAUAACCUUUGCCAGGGAA